AUGGGCUUACCCGAGCUCGGAUUCGAGCCAUCUGCUCCGGGAUCAUACGGAACUCUGUGCAAUAUUAACCCUACAAGCUAUAUUGAACAAGCCCGUGCUGCUCUCGAAACUCAGCGAGUUGGCUUUGAAUCAGAGAGAGCCGCUUUUGCUGAAGAACGCAAGCUUUGGGAUUGCGAAAGGCGCUUAAUGCAGCAGAGAAUCGCGCAACUGGAAAGGCAUGGUGACAAAGACCACAAUGCGCCAAUGACAGGCCCAACCGUCACUAUGCCUACCCAACCUGAAGCUGAAGAAAAACAUCAUAUAUGGGAAGGUACCAGCCCGACUGGCUUGCCGUCGCGGAUAUUUCCACUUGAUGUUUCUCAGGCAGGACCGGGGUCGACCGAUCCCGACAAUUCUCCGUCAUUAGAUGAGGCCUUGUCCCCUAGAUCUCGACCUACCGAUCGCCACGACCCUAUUGGCAUACCCAUCGAAUUUGUGGAUAGCUCGCUGGACGGCAUAACGCUGAAGUCAACUGCACUGCCACCUGAUAUUGCCGCAAAAGUCUCAUCUCCAAUGCCAACCGCUCUGCCAACCUCGGCUCCUCGCCUUUCUUUGCAUGAACCUGUCGCUACAGAACCUAUAGCAAAUCUACCACUACAUCCUGCCUGCCUGGCGUCGCCACUUCCUGCCAUCCCAAGCAAUAUCGAUGAUACCCCAAUGGACCUUCCAGAGCAGCUAGCUGAAUCUUCCUUCCCGUUUCCAAUCGUUGAUUCAAUACCGGACGAGUCACCCUGUGCACCGCUGCCAUCCCUUUUCCCUGUCGCUAGUCUUGAUCCAGGUGGUGACCACCAACUAGAGAAUAAUGAUCCUGCCCUUCACGAACCCCUUAAUUUACAAAAUGAUGAAGAACAUGAUGCCGAAUUUCUAGAGGAGCUAGAUCAUAAAUUGCUUAAAGAAGCCAAAAGGAUGCUAGCGAAACCCUCAUUGUCAUCUGAUGGAGAGGAUGAAAUAGAAGGAGAGCCUCCCGAACCGGAGCCGGAACUACGGUUCAAAUACAGUACCAAUUUUGGAAGUGCAUUUGGCUCCAUGCAACUUGAAUCUUAG